AUGGUAUCAGUAUCAAAUUCAGAUCAAAUAAGACAAGAAUUGGAAAAGUUUAAAAAGCCAGAUAAUGUUGCAAAUUGGAUUCUAUUAGGUUACAAGGAUGCAAAUACUCUAGAGUUAAAAAAGACUGGUUCUGGUGUACCAUCUUUGGUUGCUAGUCUUGCAGAUAAUGAAUGUUCAUACAUCUUGAUCAGAGUAGUUUACAAUGAAAACGAUGAAGGUUUCAAGGAUGGUAUCAUUGGUAACAAGGGUAAUAUCAAGGAUGUCUUUAUUGCUUGGACUGGUCCUUCUGUUGGUAUUAUUGAAAAAGGUAAAAAGAGAUCACAUGUUGGUGACGCCAAAGCUAUUCUUCAACCACAUCAUGCUGAAUUGUCUGCGAUUAGCAAAAACAAUUUCAAUGAAAAGACUAUCAAGGAACGUUCUGCUCCACUCUCUGGUUCUCACGUUCUUGAUUAA